AUGGACAAGGGCAAAUCCAUCAACCACCUGCCAAGCAAUUUCGGCAACUCUUUUCGUAAGCUCAUGGAUCGGGCAGGACGGGGAAGAGGCUAUAACUUCUACAGUCGUAGAGGCGUGCCCGGCGGUGGCUGGUUACUGCUGGUGGACGCCGUCACGCCGGAGGUGGAUGGCUUGUGGUGGCGGGAUUGCCAACUGCCAAUUUCCAGAGUUAGAGAAUCGGAGUUCAGACAACUCAGUGGCAGACAGAUUUUCAGUCUUUUCAGCAUAUCCACGUAUCACAUACUCACAGUGUCAAAGUCGCAUCCUACAUAUAACUUCAAAACAAAAACACAAAGAUCAGUGUCAGACAUCAUUACCGGAAGCUACCGCCGCUCGCCGGAUCUCUCUCUGUCUCUGUCGCCGCCUCGUAGGUCUCUCUCCGUCCUCUUUCUCGAUGCCGCCUCCCGCCCGCCGGAUGGAAGCUGCUCCUUGUCGCCGUCGCAGCUGCUCCUUGUGCUGUCUGUCAACCGUUUGGGUGUAGCCGCUGGGGCUUUUUCGGCAAGAAUGGAGAUUAGGUUUUGGCCCGUUUGGAGAAUGGAGAAUUGGACCUAUAACAUGAAAAAUCCUGAAAAUCAGGCAGUAUAA